AUGAAAUAAGGGUUAUUUAUUUUGUUAGCUUUAAUUCCAAUAAUUUCAGCCUUUGAUAAAGCCAGUGCUUAUUAACAGUGCCCAUAAGAUUAGACUGAAUGUAUGUAAGAAGUUUUUGGUUGUGUAUCUUAAGAAUAAGGUUGUCAUAAUGAAUGUGGAGAGACAGAACAAUGCUUUUAAUAAUGUUAUAGAAUUGGAAAUAAGAAAUUUAUAAAAUUGUAAGUUAUAUUGAAUUAUUAAGAUAUAAUUGUUGUUGAUUGUUUUGUAAAAGUACAAUAAUAACUUUACCUUGUAAUGUAGAGCAAUGUGUAAAGAAUUUUGAAGCAGAAUGGUUGGAUAAAAUACUCUGAAGCCAAAUCAAUGUAUGAUCGGAUUUUCUUAACAGCAUCCUGA